GUACAGUUCUUGAUUUGUUUUUAUUUGGCAUUGGAGUAAGUUUUAGGUGAUGAAAAAUGUAAACAUUAAGUCAUGUGGAAACACUUUGGAAAUAUGUUGUGUAAUGAGGUUUUUAAAUCAAAAUUAUAUUGUGCAAUUUAUUGUAAGUCGUGUAUAUUCAAAUUCUCUCUCUGUCUCUCUCUCAGAGAUAUCAAGAGUAAGAACGUGUUGCUGAAGCGUGAUUUAACGGCUUGUAUUGCUGACUUCGGCCUGGCACUGAAGUUCGAAGCAGGGAAAUCCACAGGCGACACACACGGACAGGUGGGAACGCGGCGUUACAUGGCUCCGGAGGUGCUGGAGGGAGCCAUCAGUUUCCAGCGUGAUGCGUUUCUGAGGAUCGACAUGUACGCCGUGGGUCUGGUUCUGUGGGAGCUGGCCACUCGCUGCACGGCGGCCGACGGUCCCGUGGAUGAGUUCUGUCUGCCGUUCGAGGAGGAGGCCGGCCUUCAUCCGUCUCUGGAGGACAUGCAGGACGUCGUUGUGCAUAAGAAACUACGGCCAAUAUUCAGAGAGCACUGGCUAAAACAUACGGGUCUGGCGUUGCUCUGCGAGACUAUAGAGGAGUGCUGGGACCACGAGGCCGAGGCGCGUCUGUCGGCGGGAUGCGUGGAGGAACGCAUCAUCUCAAUGCAGCGCAACACCAACCUCAUCGCCCCCGACGACAUCCUCUCCGUCGUCACCAUGGUUACCAACCUGGACUUCCCCCCUAAAGAAUCCAGCCUAUGAUGCCGUUCUCUCAGCCAAUCGGAACGCGGCGCGUGCGACGGAAACCCGGACUACGAAUGACUCGAGCGAAACGAGCGCUGGGAAUAAUUCAACGACACGCACUUACACACGGAGGAACUCAAGAGAUCAGGCGCUCGGACGUCUCUGUUUGCACCAAAACCUCUUUUAUGCAUAAAGGAAAGACUUCUGUGUUUUUAUACGAACAGCAGCUCGUACGAUUUUAGCAUAAAAAGGGCGACACGUCUGUUUCUGUUUGCUGUUCGUUUUCUGCGAAUCAUAACAGUCAUGCCAAUACGAGACACUUCUGAAUGUCUGCCGUUCAGCUGCGAAUCACACGCGGAUUUAUGAGAAAUUAUGCUGAAAUAACCAUAAACCUCCCUAAACAGGUAUACCUCAUUUUGAUUUCUCGUGCUUUUUUCUGAACAGCUGCUACGGAGGCGAGACGAGUAGCUGUAACACACCGUAGUGUUUCUGCCUUUCGCACUUCUGCUUCAUUUCAUCGCAGCCUUCACCGCUCUCUCUGAAGGGGUCGAGGAAUCAAUGCUCGCUUCGCUCAAGCGCAGAAACCAGGGUCCAAUAUUAACGUCUGCCGGGGGCGGAUCAAUUCGGACGUUUGUCCGCUCACGCAGCUGUAUUCUUGCAACACGAUUUGCCAAAAUUACUGACAUCACAUGCAAAACGAGCCUCCAAAUUCAUCACGCUGCACUUGAGGUUUCUGACCAUAUUACGUGAGGAAUAAUCCAGGUAUUUAUUUUGACCCUACACCGCAAAAAAACAACGGGCGCACAUCAGAAACUCUGGUCUGGAUGUCAAACUAUACAAGCUUGAAAAUUUGUAAAAGGUAUUGCAACUUUUUAAUCUCAUGAUACGGAUUUAUUUUUAUAUAUUAGCAUUCAGUCUGACGUUUUCUUGCAAUUCAGAGCUGAACCUUGCAUUUCACAAUUUUUGCUUCUUUCUCACAAUCCUGUUUUUCUUUUCUGCCUUGAAUUCAAUUUAAAAGUAAUUGCAACCGUUUUUCCUUGCAGUUGCACGUUUAUAUAAAUCGCAAUUCUGAAAAAAAAAAAAGCCUGAUGUUGUGACAAACUCAGUAUUACAAAAUGCAAACUAAAACUAUUAAAAGGGAAAAAAAAAAAAAUCAAAAAAACUAUUCCGACUUUCUUCCUCAGACUUAAAUUGAGAUAAAAAUCAGAGUUAUCUUUAUUUUUAUCCUGUGACUGACACGAGCUUUUAAAUCAAACACCAGCAGAAGUAAUAAAAGUAAAGCGUGUGAAAGCUUGUGCCGUUAAAAAUCGAGUCUCAAUCUGAUGCGUCUUCACAAACAGGCUCUUGUUUAAAAACGACCGCAAACGCUCGAUUUUUCACUCAUCUUGCAUUAAAACAGACAUCGAGUCGACCUUGUGGGAAAAAUACAGCCCCUUUAACGAGCGUUUUCACACAGCGGCAUCUUUCAGGGCUUUAAAUCUGCCUCUCCUUCAUCUCUGUCUCUUCAUCUCUUUCUGAAGCACUACAGCAGUAUUCAGGGACGCAGGAUUCUGCUCACUUACAGCAAUUAUGCAACCGACACGCAGCGGCGAUCGCAACUGUAGCAUACCGAGUCUAAACCGCUUCUAUUUAUUUCAUUAAUAAUGUGACAAACUCUCAGUACUGUGAAAACAAACGCCGGUUAUUAUUGCCCUGAAUGUGUUCCCAGACGAAGCAGGUGUCGGGUGAGAGACGUUUCAGAUCAAUCUGUAAUUCCCCCGAACACACACACACACACACACACACACACACAUGUACAGCAAAUGAAUAAUGUAAAUAUGAUUGUUGGUUUUAAAUUAUUAGACUAGCAUGACGUUGCUCUGUUCUUUUUGGUGUCACUAAUCAAAAACAGUUGUUUAUAAAGAAAUUAUACCAGAA